UCCUCGUCUCCGGUGUCAAACUUGACAUCAGCCUGUGAGCCGAGAAUGGUAAGUUGUGUCGGGAUCGAAGCCUCACAUCAGCGGCAGCUUGAUGGAGUUAUGUGCCUCGCGCUGCCCUCUGAACUGCCACCAUGGACUGCAGCGCUCUGAUACUCUCCCUCUGUCUCUGCUCGCUCUUUUUCCGCGCAGACUUCAGCAUUUACCCCUCCAAUGAAGUUAACCUGUUGGAUUCCAAAGCAAGCCAAGGGGAGCUGGGAUGGAUAUCAUAUCCGUCACAUGGGUGGGAGGAGAUCAGCGGAGUGGAUGAGCACUACACGCCAAUCCGGACUUUCCAGGUGUGCAAUGUCAUGGAGUACAGCCAGAACAACUGGCUGAGGACCAACUGGAUCCCUCGCAAUUCUGCCCAGAAGAUCUAUGUGGAGCUCAAGUUCACCCUGAGAGACUGUAACAGUAUCCCCCUGGUGCUGGGGACCUGCAAAGAGACCUUCAACUUGCACUACCUGGAGACGGACGAGGACCAGGGCAGCAAGUUCCGCGAGCACCAGUUCUCUAAAAUAGACACCAUCGCGGCCGAUGAGAGCUUCACACAGAUGGACUUAGGGGACCGCAUCCUCAAGCUCAACACAGAAGUGCGAGAGGUGGGUCCGGUCAGCAAGAAGGGCUUUUACUUGGCCUUCCAGGACGUGGGGGCCUGUGUGGCCCUGGUGUCGGUGCGGGUGUACUUUAAGAAAUGCCCGUUCACAGUGAGGAACCUGGCCAUGUUCCCUGACACCGUGCCCAUGGACACUCAGUCGCUAGUAGAAGUGCGGGGCUCUUGUGUCAACAACUCUAAGGAGGAGGACACGCCCAAAAUGUACUGUAGCACGGAAGGGGAAUGGCUGGUUCCUAUUGGGAGAUGUCUGUGUAACAUUGGUUACGAAGACCGGGGAGUCACCUGUCAAGCCUGCCGGCCCGGCUUCUAUAAGGCCUCCUCUGGGAACGUGAAGUGUUUCAAGUGUCCCCCGCACAGCUACACGCACCAGGAGGGAGCCGUGCACUGCAGCUGCGAAAAGAACUACUUCCGAUCGGAGGGAGACCCCGUUUCCAUGGCCUGCACUCGUCCUCCCUCUGCUCCUCGGAACGUGAUCUCGGUCAUUAACGAGACGUCUGUGAUCCUGGACUGGAGCUGGCCGGCGGAAACGGGAGGCAGGAAGGACAUUACGUUUAAUGUGCUGUGUAAGCGCUGUUUAAGGGGGUCUAAACAGUGCGAGCCGUGCAGAGGGGCCGUGCGCUUCGUGCCCCGUGCCACGGGCCUCGCCAACACCACGGUGACUGUGGCCGACCUGCUGGCACACACCAACUACACGUUUGAGAUCGAGGCGCAGAACGGAGUUUCCUCUCUGGCUCCUGCGCUGCGCCAGUUCGCGGCUGUCACCAUAACUACCAACCAAGCAGCUCCAUCCCCGGUCACGGUCAUCAAGAAGGACAGAACAUCCCGAAACAGCAUCUCACUGUCCUGGCUGGAGCCAGAAAGACCCAAUGGUAUCAUCCUGGACUACGAGGUCAAAUACUACGAGAAGCAGGAACAAGAGACCAGCUACACCAUCCUGAGAUCCAAGGGCACCAAUGUGACUCUGAACGGCCUGAAACCAGACACCAGUUACCUGCUGCAGAUCAGAGCACGCACCGCCGCCGGCUACGGCAGCAGCAGCCGCAAGUUUGAGUUCGAGACCAGCCCGGAUUCUUUCUCCAUCUCCAGCGAGAACAGUCAGGUGGUGCUGAUUGCCAUCUCUUCUGCCGUGGCCAUCAUCCUUCUCACGGUGGUGCUCUACAUUCUGAUUGGCAGGUUUUGUGGAUACAGCAAAUCCAAACACCCUGACGAAAAGAGACUCCACUUUGGCAACGGACACUUGCGCUUGCCUGGUAUCAGGACUUACGUGGACCCGCACACGUACGAAGACCCGAGUCAGGCGGUGCACGAAUUCGCCAAAGAGCUGGAUGCGUCCUGCAUCGCCAUCGACAAAGUAGUGGGCGCAGGUGAAUUUGGAGAGGUGUGCAGCGGUCGUCUGAAACUGCCCUCGAAGAAAGAGAUUUGCGUGGCCAUCAAGACGCUAAAAGCAGGAUACACUGAGAAGCAGAGGCGGGACUUCCUGAGCGAGGCCAGCAUCAUGGGACAAUUUGACCACCCCAACAUUAUCAGACUCGAAGGCGUGGUCACUCGCAGUAAGCCAGUGAUGAUAGUGACAGAGUACAUGGAGAAUGGAUCUUUGGACAGCUUCCUGCGAAAACAUGAUGCUCAGUUCACAGUGAUUCAGCUGGUGGGAAUGCUGCGUGGUAUAGCAUCAGGUAUGAAGUACCUCUCAGACAUGGGCUACGUCCACCGAGACCUGGCCGCCCGCAACAUCCUGGUCAACAGUAACCUGGUGUGCAAAGUGUCCGACUUCGGACUGUCCAGAGUGCUCGAGGACGACCCAGAGGCCGCCUACACCACAAGAGGUGGCAAGAUCCCAAUUAGGUGGACGGCACCAGAGGCCAUCGCCUACCGCAAAUUCACCUCAGCCAGCGACGUGUGGAGCUACGGCAUCGUGCUAUGGGAGGUCAUGUCGUACGGAGAGAGGCCUUAUUGGGAGAUGUCCAAUCAGGAUGUGAUCAAAGCGGUGGACGAAGGAUACCGUCUCCCCCCACCCAUGGACUGCCCCGCAGCCCUGUACCAGCUAAUGCUGGACUGCUGGCAGAAGGACCGGAACAACCGGCCCAAGUUCGAGCAGAUUGUCAGCAUCCUGGACAAGCUCAUCCGUAACCCCAGCAGUCUAAAGAUCACAGCCAACACCGCCUGCAGGCCUGUCAACCUGCUUCUGGACCGGAACAGCACAGACAUGACCUCGUUUGGCACCAUGGGCGACUGGUUAGAGACUGUAAGGACGCUACCCUGUAAAGAGGCCUUCAGCGGCGUCAGCUACAGCUCGUGUGACACGCUACCUAAAACCUCUGCAGAAAUCUGCCUGGCCGAGGUCAGGCCUGCGGCCACUUGUCCUGAGUGGGAGCCGUCCAUGGGAAUUACGACCCUGUAGGCCUUAAAGACCGGAUGGGACUUCAAGAAGGUUGGCGUGACGAUUGUCGGACCUCAGAAGAAGAUUGUGAGCAGCAUCAAAGCACUUGAAACUCACACAAAGAACGGCCCGGUUCCUGUGUAAAAACGACGACAAAAAAAAAAACGAGAAAAAUAAUAAAAAUCAUAGAUCAACAAAGGAAUAAAAAGGGAGGAACACAAUGAAACAAUGAGAGAGAAGCAUGCACAUGCAUAGAGGAGACUGUUGCUGCUUUUGGCUUUAACAGACAGGAAAUUCUGUAUUAGAGAAAUAGGAACUACUACACUGUAACUGAAUCAGUGCAUAGGAUAGUGAUGUUCCUGAAGAAGGACUUUGGAGGAGUCUGGUCUGGUCUUCCCAGCACUUAUUGAUGGUGCUCAGGCAGGUGGAGAACAUGCCUCCCAAGAUGUUGAUUUGUUGUUGCCUUAUGUAGAAAAGAAAACGAAGGAAGAAAAAAGGGUGGGCAUGGCUCCGGGACCUGCAGAACCUGCGCUUUCGGUCGGUCUACGCACUGAUCUGAUAUCAGUGAAUAUCAGAUAGGUCUCCCCACGCCACGGCACAGCAGAGAACUGUGUGAAGAGAAGGAUGGAGUCGCCCCGAGCCAGCCGCUCUUCUUCCAGCAGAUACAGACGAACGCUCAAGCUCUUAUUGUAUCAUAUUGUAUCAUCGAAGGGAAAAGGUAAAAAAAAAAAUGCCUUUAGUAAAAAAAGUAAUAAACCAACAAAAACAUUGCAAAAGCAGCAGCUCUCAUUGUUGGAAGGCCUUCAGUCCUUUCAAAGAGAAAAGACUCGAUAGCUCCAGGCCUCUCAAAUCGCUGAUCUAAUUGUGGUCAUGCAGGAUGGGAUUGGGUGUGUCUCCGAAGCUAUCAGGACAAAAUACACGAGAGCCAGCCAAUACACGAGAGCCCCCUUUAACUUCUAGAUUUCUAGAUUUCACUAGAGAACAUGAAAAAAAAAAUACGCGUUUCCAGUAAACGUCACUGCAAAUGCCCAUAAAAAAUAAGCAGGACCGCGCAGUAAAGCCAAGAUUGAUGCUCCAGCAAUUUGCUAAUGCUGCUUCUGAGGAUCUGACACAACAGCCGGCGUGUUUGAUUAACUAUUAAUCUAUAAGAGAAGGCGCAUCUCAGAGCUUCACGUCCGAAACAUCACAAGUCAGUGCGCAGGCAGGAAAUGUGCUGCUUAACUGGAGAUGUUUAUGUCACUUUACAGCGAGAGGAAAGCAGAUGCUCUUUUUCUUGUGCAGUUCUAAAGAGAAAACCCUGAUUAUGGUAUAUAUAUUAUUAUAUAUAUAUAUAUAUAAUUAUAUAUUAACCAAAUGCAAACGUGAGCAUAUCGUCACUGUCCGAAGAAAAACGUGGAACUCCUAAAACUUACAAUAACAACUUAACAUCAAAAGAGAAGGCUUCUUAACUCAUUCAUUUCAUUUUAUUCCAUUUCUAUUCAAUUUUGUAGCAUUUCUAUUGGUCCAAAUAUCAUUCAAAUCUCAUCAGGAUACAAGGAUAUGAAGGACUUCAACACUUCUGUGUUCAAUUGAUGUAAAAAAUACAUGAGAUACAUGUUUCUUCAUUGGACAGCAACGAUAUGAACUGAUCUGCAAUGUUGAAAAUCAAUGCAAUUGUAAACUGUAUUUCUAGAUCUUGAAUAAAACAUGGUCAGGCAUGUUGGGAUCACCUGCAGUUAGAUGUCCAGCUAGAAAGAAAGAAAGAAAGAAAGAAAGAAAGAAAGAAAGAAAGAGAAAAAGAGAGAGAGCAGAUCAGAAGAAAUCAGAACACGCUGACUCCGUAGAGGAGGAAUGGAAGCGAUAGAAGUGACAGGUAAAAUGAAAGACUUCUAUGAAGAACAUAGAGCCUAUAAUUUCCUGCAUUUUGGUUUCUUUUUCAUUUUUUUUCAUCUUAUAAAGGCAGUAAGGGUCUGUGGGGGGGGGAGUGCUUUAGGGACAAUGUCAUGUAAUAUAUUAUCAUUAUUGCAGAAGCUCAGGAUGCACAGCCCUCGUUCAGUCUCUGAGAAGCAUUUGAGAAAAGAUAAGAAGUGAUAAGAAGUGAUAGAAUACCAUGCAACCGACUACUUCAGCGUAGGGAUCUGUGCCAUCUGUUGUUCUUCAGAAAUAGAAAUUCUCAGCUGUGGUAGGAGGUGCUUUUUUUCAUUGUAUUAAAAUAAUAACAAUAAUAAUAAUCAAUCAUUUGGCAUUUUUUUUAAACAUGUCAUUAGUUGAUAAGUCUUGGCUGAUGAUAAGGUUUCAUGAAAAUUAAAAAAAAUAAAUAAAUCAAAAUCUCAUCACUUUAUGAAGGAACGUUUGAGCUCUUCCUCUUCCUCUUCCUUCGUCUAUUCCCGUACGUUCAAUCAAUGCCUGUAAAUGUUGUUGCUGCUCUCUCAGCUAUUAGCAUGUACAUAUGUAAACAGGACCUGUAAUAAUAGCAAUGGUGAACCUAGCGGUACUGUCGAUUACCCGGCCAUCCCUUUGUACAAAUGUUUGUAUGUAUAAAAGAAUGAAAGAAAAAAAAAUCUGUGCAAACUUUAAAAGAGCAAAAACUCCUUUGUAUUAUAUUUUAUGUUAUUUUGUAUCAUAUUUUCGUUUUUCUUUUUUUUUUUCCUUUUUUUUUUUACAUUAAAACAUCAGCGUUAUUGACCUAUUUAUUUGAUAACAAACCGUAUACCGUGCCAAUUUGAAUGUUUUUCUUUUUUUUUGUUUGUUUGUUUGUUUGUAGCGUACGAUAAGUUAUGACGUGGUUACGUGAGGACAUUAUCAGUGUUUUUUUUUUUUUUAUUACUUUAUGAAACAUGACUUCUUCUAAAGAGCAAUACUGUUUUGCCCCCUCCUCCACAUACACCCAACCCACCCCCCCUCUCGUCCUCCUCUACUCUUUCUUUAGACCGGUGUGUGCGUGUGGGUGUGGGUGCGGGUGGGUGUGCAAAUGUAGAUGGCCUUGUCUACUAAUGUAAAAUGAUUUGUAGUGGAAACAUUUAUAUUUUUAUAAUAAACUGUCUGGAAAUAUUUUCUAAAGAAGGAAUGCGGAGAGGA